UGUCAGUCACUAUGUUAAUUAGAUGUCAUUCAUAAAAAUCCAGUUCUUGUUUUGGAAAAAAUAUUUAUCUAUGUACCUAACUGCCUAAGCAAUAAAAUUUUGUCUAUAAAUAGCAAUUAACUUACAAUUUGCUUUUUCUAAUAACACAUUUGCAAUGGCAAAUUAUUCUGAAGAUCAGUUGGCAGAAUUCCAGGAGGCGUUUCAGUUAUUUGAUUCCCGUGGGGAUGGCAAAAUCCAUGUGGCACAGAUUGGUGAUGCUCUCAGGGCCCUUGGACAGAACCCUACAGAGUCGGAUGUUAAGAAAUGUACACUCCACUUAAAGCCCGAUGAGAGAAUAUCCUUUGAAGUUUUCUUACCUAUUUACCAAGCUAUCUCUAAAGCACGCAGUGGAGACACCGCAAAUGAUUUCAUAGAGGGCCUCCGUCAUUUCGACAAAGAUGGAAAUGGUUUUAUAUCCUCUGCUGAGCUUCGCCAUCUUCUGUCCACACUUGGAGAAAAGCUUAGUGAUGAUGAGGUGGAGCAGUUACUGCAAGGACAGGAGGACUCCCAGGGCAAUAUCAACUAUGAGAACUUUGUGCAUUUGAUCAUGCAGGGAUGAGCGUCAGCCCUACACCGCCCACGCUACAUCCGAGAAUUGCAUUUAUGUCAAAUGACCGUGUAAUUUAGAUUUUAUUAUUAAUAUACGUUGAAACAAAUAAUUCCCUGCAAUUCCCAUUUCAAAGUAUUCCAAAAUUUAUUAAUAGUACUAAGGUUUUUUGUAUAAGUAAUAUAUUAUAUAUAAAUAGUGUACUUACACAGUUGUACGACUUUGGUAAUAAAGUUAUGGUAUUUUAAGUA